UAAGACCUGUGUGAUGAUAGAUUGUGUCCUGAGCCUGCAGGCUGAAAGAGUCAACAACCAGCAAAGUGAAGAUCUAGGAGUCUGUUCCCCUUGAACCUGUGUGGACCUGAUCAAACCUGGAGGGAAAGAUAAGAGCACUUAGUGGACCAAGUGAAUUGAGUGUGAUCCGGGCUGGGAGAACACAUCCCUGGUCAGCUGUAGGAAAGCCAGAGAGCAUUUGAGAAGAGGCUGAAGCUUGAAUUUUGCAAACACACAAGACCUCUGCAUUUCCCCAGAGAGAAGGUUUUUUUCUCAUCUUCAUUUCCUUUGAAACACCUGGAGUGAGGAAAAACCUCUACACUGGCCAAGCAGAAGAAACAGAAUCUGUGACUGAAGAGGAUCAGCUAAGAGUGGUUCCUCGCAGCUUAAAGGGAGGCACUUUUCACACUCUGUCUUAAAAUCAGAAGUUGAAUUCAUGAACACAUAUGAUUUAGAUAGAAGUCAUGGGAUGCAGCAGUUCUUCAGUGAAAACCAGGAGAUCUGAGACAUCGCUGAGAGCUGCGUUGAUCAUCCAGAACUGGUACCGAGGUUACAAAGCUCGACUGAAGGCCAGACAACACUAUGCCCUCACCAUCUUCCAGUCCAUCGAAUAUGCUGAUGAGCAAAGCCAAAUGCAGUUAUCCACCUUCUUUUCCUUCAUGUUGGAAAACUACACACAUAAGGAAGAGCUAGAAUUAAGAAAUCAAUCUCUUGAAAGUGAACAGGACAUGAGGGAUAGACGGGAUUAUGUGGACUUGAUAGAUGUCCCAGACUCCUAUAAUGGUCCUCGGCUACAAUUUCCUCUCACUUGUACUGAUAUUGAUUUACUUCUUGAGGCCUUCAAGGAACAACAGAUACUUCAUGCCCAUUAUGUCUUAGAGGUGCUAUUUGAAACCAAGAAACUCCUGAAGCAAAUGCCGAAUUUCACUCACAUACAAACUUCUCCCUCCAAAGAGGUAACAAUCUGUGGUGAUUUGCAUGGGAAACUGGAUGAUCUUUUUUUGAUCUUCUACAAGAAUGGUCUCCCCUCAGAGAGGAACCCGUAUGUUUUUAAUGGUGACUUUGUAGAUCGAGGAAGGAAUUCCAUAGAGAUCCUCAUGAUCCUGUGUGUGAGUUUUCUUGUCUACCCCAAUGAUCUGCACUUGAACAGAGGGAACCAUGAAGAUUUUAUGAUGAAUCUGAGGUAUGGCUUCACGAAAGAAAUUUUGCAUAAAUAUAAGCUACAUGGAAAGAGAAUCUUACAAAUCUUGGAAGAACUCUAUGCCUGGCUCCCAAUCGGUACAAUCAUUGACGAUGAAGUCCUGGUCAUCCAUGGUGGGAUAUCAGAGACCACAGACUUGAAUUUACUCCACCGUGUAGAGAGGAACAAAAUGAAAUCUGUGCUGAUACCACCAACAGAAACAAGCAGAGACCAUGACACUGACUCGAAGCACAAUAAAGUAGGUGUGACUUUUAAUGCACAUGGAAGAAUCAAAACAAAUGGAUCUCCUAUUGAACACUUAACAAAGCGUGAAUGGGAACAGAUUAUUGAUAUUCUGUGGAGUGAUCCUAGAGGCAAAAAUGGCUGUUUUCCAAAUACGGGCCGAGGAGGGGGCUGCUAUUUUGGACCAGAUGUUACUUCCAAGAUUCUUAAUAAAUACCAGUUGAAGAUGCUCAUCAGGUCUCAUGAAUGUAAGCCCGAAGGGUAUGAAAUCUGUCAUGAUGGGAAGGUUGUGACUAUAUUUUCUGCUUCUAAUUAUUAUGAAGAAGGCAGCAAUCGAGGAGCUUACAUCAAACUAUGUUCUGGUACAACUCCUCGAUUUUUCCAGUAUCAAGUAACUAAAGCAACGUGCUUUCAGCCUCUUCGCCAAAGAGUGCAUACUAUGGAAAACAGUGCCAUCAAGAUAUUAAGAGAGAGAGUGAUUUCACGAAAAAGUGACCUUACUCGUGCUUUCCAACUUCAAGACCACAGAAAAUCAGGAAAACUUUCUGUGAGCCAGUGGGCUUUUUGCAUGGAGAACAUUUUGGGGCUGAACUUACCAUGGAGAUCCCUGAGUUCGAAUCUGGUAAACAUAGACCAAAAUGGAAACGUUGAAUACAUGUCCAGCUUCCAGAAUAUCCACAUUGAAAAACCUGUACAAGAGGCUCAUUCUACUCUAGUUGAAACUCUGUACAGAUACCGAUCUGACCUGGAAAUCAUAUUUAAUGCCAUUGACACUGAUCACUCAGGCCUGAUCUCCAUGGAAGAAUUUCGUGCCAUGUGGAAACUUUUUAGUUCUCACUACAGUGUUCUUAUUGAUGAUUCCCAAGUGAAUAAGCUUGCCAACAUAAUGGACCUGAACAAAGAUGGAAGCAUUGACUUUAAUGAGUUUUUAAAGGCUUUCUAUGUAGUGCAUAGAUAUGGGGACUUGAUGAAACCUGAUGUCAGCAACCUUGGCUAAACACAAAUGAGAGCUUCCCUCGGGCUCCCUGUAAACAGCUAGGCCCAAAUCACAAGUACAGUCCUUUCCAACACGCCUGAAAUUCAGUCAGUAGCAGAGAAAAGCAGAUCCCAAUUCAUCCCACAAACAGAUGCAUAGUAUGGGUUUUGGAAGUCCCUAGCAAGCUGUUAUUGGUAAGAUUAGGUUAAAUGUCAGUAAUAGGAUUUGGUUUCAGCAUUAGUACCUACAUAUUGCCAGCAAGAAACUGGGUUUGAACCUAGUGGUGUUCUCCUGAGUGCCAUCUAACCAGGAGGCCAGAGCGGUUUGAAACCAUCCUGAAAGGAACUCACACAGCACAAGAGAAAACUACUAAGCACGACAUCUGUGAGUGACUGAGGGAGACAGGAGGAAUACCAGGUUAUUCAUGGAAUAAAGUCUUUCCAUCUUUAAACUGU